AUCACAAGGCAUUUGUACCUUGACAGCCCGAACACCGCCUACCCCUAAAACCGGAGGUUAAAAGAGAGCCGCUCUUAUCACCCACCGUGCCGAGCAAGAGAAGGACAUGUGACCAGAGGAAACUCAUACACAAGCGAAGCCUCCGCUGUGUAUGCAUAUUGGACACUUCGCUGUCUCCUUGAACGCCAGCAAUGAAUGACAACAACAAGGCCUGUGAUUGGUGUAAGCACAUUCACCACACCAAAGACAAUGUGGACCCCAGUGACAGUGAGAGCAAGAUUCAGUUCUGUAGCAUGAAAUGCUUAAACCAGUACAAGAUGGAUCGAUUUUACAAAGAGGCUCAGUCUAACCUGCCGAUGGAUGUUACAGACUCUCCAUCCCCUACAAUAACAAACAAUAAACUGGAGAAUGGAGUGACUCAGCUCAUCACAGCAGAAGCUUGGAAUAUCAAUCCUACAGGUAUCAUGAAAAAAGCACUUUCCCCUUUAGUUGCAGUUCCAGCUUCUUCUAUAAUGACACCGCAAACUGACCCACCAAGUGGGGUAUCACUUAAACUGGCUGCUACUGUGCUGCAACCAAUUUGUUUAGGAGAUAAUCCUAUGGUCCUACCUAUCCACUUGCAGGUGGCUGGUAGUUCAACACCACAGGUAUCUCCUAGUAGUAAUGCACCAUGGGUAAUGACUAAUCAAGGUGCGGUGCCACUGUCUGUGUUACUGGAGCAGCAUUUGAUUCAGCAUUUAAAUUCUCCAUUACUGUUGGCUUCACCUACCCCAAGUCCUGUGAACUCUGUCCAGAACCACAUUCAAGGCGCUGCUGGUUCUUGCAUUCAGUCCCAACCACUGGGCCAGAAAUCUUCAAAUCAAAUGCCAGAGUAUGACUUGCCACCACCCCUUCAGAUCCCUGGUUUUCCUACAGUUCUGCAGGACUUUUUUCCUUCACACACCAUGCCAUCAGUACCAAAUGUUCAAUUGGGCCCUGAGAAUAUGUCCACAGGUUUCUCCUCACUUCCUCAACAGAACCUUGGUGGUCUGCUUUCUCCAUUAGUUCCUCCUGCCACUCUUCUUGUUCCAUAUCCAGUGAUAGUUCCUCUUCCAGUCCCAAUACCAAUUCCCAUCCCUAUUCCUAUUCCCAUGGCCAAGGAUUCGGACCCUAACAAAUCAACAGACAUGCAGAGAAAAACUACUUUCAGUAGCAGCACCACAAACAGAGGAACCCAGACGUCAACUGAAAAAGAACAAAAAAUCUUGGAGUGCAUCCAACACCGGGGAGUACAAGAUUAUCAACACACCAAUUGUAAGUUCAAUACUGAAGCAGAGGCUCUUGAUCUUUCAAUGAAAAGAACAUCUGUAGUAAAGAAAAAUGAGUUUUUUUAUCAACAGAUUGAACAGGAUGGUGUCUUGGAUUUAUCAAUUACAACCCCCAAGAAAUUGAAAGAAAGUCAGAACAUAUCAGGUAAUACAUCUUCUAAUCUGUCAGCUAAUUUGUUGAAUGAACCUCUGUCUCAUUCUAGUGAAUCCUGGUCCAAUGCAGCGCCACUGAUAAGUGCACAAAAAGUGGAAGGAGUGUUACACGCCACGUCUAAUAGCUGCGAGUUUUCUAGCCAGCAUAAGUGGGUAGUGGAUCAAAACUACAAUAGAAUUAGGGAUGACUCACGAACUGGCAAUAAUACCGACACCUUGAGCGGCACUGAUACUGCAAAAGUCAUUGUGUCUGUAAAGGACGCUGGCCCAGCUAUUCUCUGUGGUAAAAUAAAAACUGUUGUCGGAGUAUCUACAAAAAACUUUUCUUACAAGACAGAUUUAUCGCAGGAGUCUGUUUUACAGUGUUAUGAUGUCAAAUCUCAACUUGAGCUCAGAGACGGCAAAAAAAGCAGUAAAAAUAGAGGCAUAAAAUUAAAGAAAAUGAGCUCGCAAGAUUUCCAUGUCCUCCCAAUAAAAAAACAACGAUUAGCUGCCUUUUUUGCAAGGAAGUAACAUUUGCUAUUUUACAGUACUUCAGGAAGUAAAUCCAGUAAAAAGGAAACCCAUAGAACAAACUGGAAUAUGGAUUAGGUCGGAGUAUCUGUCUUGAAAUUAAUUCCUGUGGUAAUGAAGUUUUAUGGAAUAUUUAUUAAAUAAGCUUUUGUUUGAAUCUUGCUGACAGCUUGUAUUGAAACUAAAUCAGAAUAAUUUUCAGUAUCCCUCCUCCUCACACUGGAGCUUGAGUAAAACAGCCAGUAGUUAUAAAUGCAAUUAUAAUUUCAAGGUGUAUUGUUUCAUAUCCUGAAAUAUUUCCUGUUGAACCCCUGACUCUACAGGUGCUAAAUCUCUCUUCUGCCUUGGUUUAAGUGCUUAUACAAAAGUAGAUUCACUUCAUCAUUAACCUACAAUGUUCAAGCCAAAUGCCAUGUGAUUGGGAACACCGCAGAUCAGCCCACAUUAAAAAUUAAUGAACAGUU